CUGUUUUUUUUCUGUUUUUGUUUUGGUCAAUCAUUUUGUGACCGAUACAUUUAUUUCUAAAAAUGCCACGAGAAGGUGAUCGAGAUGUUAAUAAUUUCGGCCUUAUACCGUUGGAUGAACAAGUGCAAAGUCCUAUCGUUAAAGCGAUAAAAUUUCUUGGCAAAAUUUUCGAUAGUCCGGUCACAUGGUUCAGAGUGAAUGUUUCGGAAAAAUUCAAAGGACCAUCUUAUCCUUAUUAUCAUAAGAAAUUUCGUCCAGUAACACCAAUCAGUGAAUGUUAUUCGGAUGAUAUGUCUUGCAUCUAUGAAGCACAAUCUGCCUAUCUUCGACAAAAAAAAGUGGAUUUCGAAAUAUUGAAAAUAAUCAAACAACGUUAUUAUAAUUGUUCUUAUUGGGAGCGAACAAUCAAUGAAUUUCAUGAUUUGGAUAAAAUUUGUCUGAAAGAAAGACAGGAUCUAAAAGAUACUGAAAUCAACUUAUUCAUUAAAUAUGGUGAACUUGGACCGUUUGCUACCGUAAUCGAUGCAUUCAUGAAACAAAAACAUCGACUUAUUUGGGAACGAAGACAGAUAGAAGGCGGACAAGAUAUGGCUGCCCAUUAGAUUAAAUAUUCAAAAAGAAAAGAAAAAUUUAUUCUAUAGAAUCAAUUGAUUUAUUAUUAUGAAAUUUAAAAUUGUACAAAUAAAUUCUCAAAUUGCUUAGAAUAUUAUAAUGAUCAUAUGAUUCAAUUUAAUAAUAAAAAUAAAAUUUGAAAACUAAA